AUGGCUGCAUACUCGGAGAGUGGUCCAGUGUUCUCUGCGAGAUGUGUGAAGGUAGGCUUAGAAGAAGCUGAUGUCGCGGCCCUUAAACGGGCUGGCAUCACUACUCUGGCCCGGGUAGCCUUCAUGUCAAGCUAUACGCCAGGAUCGGGCGAUGACAAGGAGCUCAUCGCCGCGUUUGAGACGGCAAUUGGAGGCCCGGCAAGUUUGGGGCAGAAGGCAGCCUUUCGCAGGUUGUUCCAUGAGAGCUUUGCUGUCACUACGAGUGAAAUGCGCUCGUUGGUGGAGCGGACCGAUGAAACAGCGCCUAGGAAGCUUUCGGUGCCGGAGCGCUCCGAGAGGUUCGCUGCCAUCGUGAAGAAGUUGCCGGGGUUGGACAUCCGGAAUCGAAUGGAGCCAUCAGAUGCUCUGGUGGAUGCGUGUGUCGCCAUCUAUGAGCAGAAUCGCCUCCAAUACCUGGAGUGGGAUCGUCUGACAAGCAAAGAGCACGAGGCACAGACGAGUGCCAAGAGAGAGUCGGUCUUGUCCAUUGACAGCUCGGGGAAACUCAAGACUGAGAAGCCUGACCCGGGGCGUGCAGACACGUCCAGUGAGUUCCUCAUCCACCUUGCGUUGUCCCGUCGAGGCAUUGCUUUUGAGAUGGCGAAUCUCUUAGAUUUUGUCCAUCACAGCCGUUGGGUAGAGAAGCUUCUGAGUGCACGCUUGGACGUUGUUCCUUCCUCUCACAAUCUACCAACCUUCAUGCAGUUGCAGGCUGCAGAUCGCAAGUUGUUCCAGUGCCUUGCUGAUCAGACACGUGCCGGCCUCCAGGUCACAGCAUCGGGAAGGCCUUUGGAUCAGGUGUUCGAAGCCGCCACCUGUUCAACGGAGGUUGUCAGCUUGAUGCAGCCAUUGCCUAAGGCUGCUGGCGCUGGCUCUGAGAAAGAGCGUAAUGGGCCUUACAGCUUUCCGCCGCCCCCUCCUGGAGGGAAGGGCCGUGGAAAGGGGAAGCGAGGUAAGGCUGCCGUUCGGCAGAUGAAAAUGCCCCAGGGGCUGGAAGGCUGUCGGAGCCACACGAACGGCGGAGACCCCAUAUGUUUCGGAUACGGUCUCAAAACUUGUCGCGAGACCGUCACUCGCGGCAGGCACCGGCGGGUCGGCCUCGUCGGCCGACGCAAGUUUUCCUUCAGCACAUGUGGUUCAGCCGGCGCGUUUGUGCAUGGCGGAGUCGUCGGCGUGCGAACGACGACUGGGAAGUAUCCUGCUUCCACUGCCUUGUUUGUGGCCUGGCUCAAACAUGCGGCCCCCGGGUGUGUCUUCUCUUCCAUUGCCGUGCUUGAUCAGAGCCACGAUGUCAUCGGUGGCCCCGUGCCUUGGAAUGGUCCGUGUCUGCUCUUGUCGGCCAGCGAGAAUGCACAUUGCGUCCUCCCAUGGCAGGGUCGCCGCCUUGUCUUGGUAGGUUUCACGGUGCGUGUCGCUCCAGCGGCAGGAGCCCAGCCCUUGGCAGAGGCCUCGGCCGGGUACGCGGUCGUGCCGGUAGAUUGGGGCCAUAGUAAGCAUAGACCUUAUGUUCAUGUGCUGCAGCUGGACUUGCGCUUGUCACGCACCUGGGACUUCAUCAGGCGUCUUGUUGAGACGCGCGACGUUGUGUGGGUGCAUAUCGCACCGCCGUGCGGCACGGCCAGCCGUGCGCGUGACAUUGGGAAGGGACCGCGCCCGCUUAGGUCCCUUCAACACCCAUGGGGGCGGCCCGAUCUGUCCGAGGUUGAGGCAGCUCGGGUUGCUAGCGCCAACGCUAUCUAUCGGGAGACGGCUGCCUUUUGCCAAUGGCUCCUGUCCAACCAUGCUUGCGUCCAUUUCUCAGUGGAAAAUCCAUUGCACUCGUGGCUUUGGCACUUACCCUGCUUCCAAUCCUUGGUGCAGAGACUUACCUUAGUAAGCUUCGAUGCAUGCUUGCAUGGUUCUACACGCAAGAAGGCUACAGCUUUCCUGUCCUCCCACCCAGUUUUGGGUCGCCUCAGCGGGCCCUGCCCGGGCUGCCCCAAGCAUGAUGCUUGGGUUGUGGACGGCAAUUAUGCCACCGCUUUGGAGGCCGCCUACCCAAAACUUCUCUGUGAACGGCUUGUUGCCUGCAUCGAUGACGUCGCUGCCGAGCGUCAACUUCUUCCGAGCAAGCUUCAGACUUCUGAGCUGGCCAAUGCCCGUGCAGCAGGGCAGGUUCAGCCCCGAGGUCGCCGUUUCGCGCCUGUCAUCGGCGAAUUUGCGCAUACCGUGACAGUGGCUUCCUCCGAAGCCCCCCCGCUGAAUGCUAAGAACUGCUUGGAAAAACCUUGGUUGCAGGUGCCUGCCAAGUCUAAACUGCUGCGUGUGUCAGUUGAAAGGGGUGGUGCCGACACCCGCGCAGGUGAGCUUGGAGAUGAGCUCCAAGUGGGUGCAGCUUCUUGUCGGUUUUACACUUUCGGUGUGUAUCGAUCUCCAGAGGUUUUCGUGCGUGAGGCAAAGCAGCUUGAUCACCCCUUCGAUACUGCCAGGGCCCUUCCAGACGGACUGGUUCGCGUGCUCUUCGACCUCCUUGUGCAAGGCCCGGUGGUGGUGAUGCGACGGAGACUGGAGAAAAUCAGGCUAUGGAGACAAUGGGCUGUUGAGCUUGAGGGCGAGGAGCGUGCCCUGAAGCAAAAACUUGAACCUUCAGUGAGGCGUGUCUUGGGAGGCAAGCGCCUGUGCCUUCUUAAGCGCAUUGCCGAAUCUCUUGAUUGGCCUGACAAGCAACUUCAUCACGACUUGGAGGUGGGGUUCAAACUCACUGGCUAUAUGCCGUGUACUGGGGUCUUCCAUCCUGACGAGAAGCCGGGACUUAGCUCCGAACAAGAUUUUUGGGAAGGUGCGGCCAUCUUGAGGGAUUCUCUGUGGGACAAGGUGUCCGGCCAAGUUUGUGGUGAGCAUGCGCAAGAGCUGUGGAACGUCACUCUUGAAGAAGCAGAUGCAACAUCAAAGGCUUGGCUUGAUGGUCCUUACACUAGAGAGCAGCUCGAAGAAGUGUACCCGCAGGGAUGGUCGCCUUGUCGCCGCUUCAGCGUAAUGCAGGGAAAGCUUCGCCCAAUCGACGACUUCUCCGAAUCCGGCGUGAACUCCUGUUUUGGGUGUUUCGAGCGUGUUAGCCUGAAAGCACUGGAUGAGCUUUGCUGGGUUUGCCUGCAGGUAUUCCGGUGUGCCUUGGGUUCCGGUUGGGUGAAGUUUGUGUUGAGUGACGGUACGUCCCUCGAGGGCAGGUUGCACAAGGUUUGGGCGGAUCGCGAGAAACUACGUCCACUCACGAAGACCUAUGACCUUAGAGCAGCGUACAAACAACUACCUCUUCACCCGGGAGAGAAGCCGAAAGCAGUCCUGAUUCUCAAAAACCCUACCGACGACCGGGUGUAUGCCUUUCCAUGCAACACCUUGCCUUUCGGUUCGUCGGCUUCGGUGAUGCACUUCAAUCGAGUGUCCUUGUUGCUGCAGCGGAUCCUUUGGGAAGUCGGCGUAGUAGCGGCAUGCUACUAUGACGACUACCCAACGAUGGCUCCUGCGAUGCUUAGUGGGGGCACUGAUAAUGCAGUGCAUUCGGUCAUGGACCUUCUUGGGUUCACGCUAUCGCGUGACAAAGAGCAACCUUUCAGCUCUGCUAGCGAGAUGCUGGGAGUUGUCCUGGAUACAAGUGACCCGUCCUUUGGGCACGUGUGCGUGUCAAACAAACAGGAGCGGGCUGCGGCGAUGUGUGAGACACUUGCAAGUGUGUUGAGGGAUCGGAAGGUGCUGGUUCGCGAGGUGCCCUCCCUUUUAGGGAGAUUGCAAUUUCUUGAGUCGCAGAUGUUGGGACGCACGGGCCGUCUGGCCAUUGCCGAUCUGAGGAACCUGGAGCGGGCUGCUGCAUUCAGUGUGGAGCUAAGCCAGUCCCAGUUUGAUGCGGUUGCCUUGCUACGUGCUCGCCUUUUGAAGGGGGUCCCCCGUCAGCUUUCAGCGAGCCCUGCUUCUGCCCCAGUCCUCGUGUUUACCGAUGGAGCAUGCGACCCCUGUGGAAGUUCCUUUCAUGCGGCUGUGGGAGGCGUUCUCAUUGCUCCGGGGUCGAAGCCCCGUGUCUUUGGUGCCAAAGUUCCUGAGGCCUUGAUCCAACGGUGGGCACGGGGGCGCAAGCACAUCAUAGGCCAGGUUGAGCUGUAUGCCGUGGUCUUAGCCAGGGUCUUGUGGUCCAGGGCAAUAGGAGGGAACAGGGUUUUCUUCUUCGUGGACCAUACGGGUGUCCACAGCUCCUGUAUUAACGGGAAUGCGGCCGAUACCUCCUGGCGUGAGCUGCUCAUGCAACUAGAGGCUGCGGAUGAGGCGGCGCCGUGCCUAGCAUGGUUCCACAGGGUUGCCAGUGAAAGCAAUCCUUCCGAUGCCCCCUCCCGGGGUGAGUGGGAGAAACUGCGGUACCUAGGGGAUUUCUUGCGCGACGAGGUCAAAUGUCCGAUGACCUAUUGCACUCUUGAAAGCACUUGA